AAUCAUUCACAAUCGAAACACAAGAAAGUAACAAUAUGUUCUCAAAAAUUCUGGCUUUGUGUGCCCUGGUGGCUGUAUCCCAGGCAGGACUCCUUCCCGAGCCAGUCCACUACUCUUCAGCCGCAGCUGUGUCUUCCCAGAGCAUCGUCCGACACGAUCAACCCUCUAAGUUGGUCGCUCCUGUAGCUAAGCUCGCCGUCGCCGCUCCCGUGUACCACUCUGCCCCCGCGCAGGUCACUUACCAUGCAGCCCCUGCUCCCAUCGCCUACCACUCUGCCCCUGCCCCUGUCGCCUACCACGCCGCUCCAGUCGCCAAACUCGUUGCGCACCAAGAAGAAAUUGCCUACCCAAAAUACGAAUACACCUAUUCCAUCGCUGAUGGACAUACCGGCGACAACAAGUCCCAGCAAGAGUCCCGCGAUGGUGAUGUGGUGAAGGGCUCGUACUCGUUCCACGAGGCUGACGGCUCCGUGCGCACCGUGGAGUACACCGCUGACGACCACAACGGGUUCAAUGCCGUCGUACACAACACCGCCCCUACCGCCGCGCCUGCUCUCAUCAAGGCCGCCCCCCUGCAGUACUACCACCACUAAAUGUUCACUAGUUAACGUAUUAUAGUUUGUGAUAUAAAUCUAAUUUAUUUAUAUUAAAUAAAUCGAAUGAAGUAAUUUCUUGAAGUUUUUUUUACAAGUUCAAUGAAAAAAUUUGGU